CACCUCUACCUCUGCAGUACCUCUAUUGCUCAUUCCUCCCUGUGCCGACUGGGUAGACACGCGCUUUCUGCUUUUUUUUUUCUCCUGCCUUGGCUGCUGGCUCUGCUCCAGCAUCCCUCCGUGCCUCUCGAGUGCCCUGCUCUCCCCAUCUCCAGCCUAUGUGUCCUCCUUUGGGGGUUUGUUGGCCAGCCUGCUUCCCUGGCUGCUGCGGCUGCUGCUGCUGCUGGAGCAGUGGAUCUGUCCGUCACUGAUCUGCUGCGCCGCUACGACUUUGCCUCUCUUCUGUUCGCCUUCUGCCUCACUCUUUGCUGGAUAAUCACCGCCGAGUCUGUCAGAGACCGUGACAGAGGACAGGCAGGGAGGGAGAGAGAGAGAGAGAGAGACAGAGAGCCCGCACUCUUGGUUGAACUGCUGCAUUCUUCACUUUGUCUCUCCCUCUGCUUCCCCAGGCUGCUGGAGUGCAGCGCAGGGAACAAGUGAUCGGGAGGGAGAACCCCGAAGAGAUUUACACUCCUCUUUUUUUGCGUCCCCCCACACACACAUUUUCAUUUCUGGGACAGAGUGCGGAGAAGGAGAGAAGAGGGAGGAACUGAGAGCAGGACUUCAGAAUCAGCUACUCCUUGCUUCAGAGACACACAGAGACAAACACACUAACACACACACACACACACACACACAAUUUCAUAGAUUGGACUCAGGUUGACCAGACUGGCAGAGGUGUAGGGAUUGACAAAAAUCCACAUAGACACAUAACAACAUAGACAGACAGACUUGGUGUCAUGGCGUCAGUGGACAGCAACGGUUCGAGUGUCUCUGGUCGGAAGAGAUCAGGGGAUCUACUUCAUGCUGGGCUGGCAGUUGCUCUGCUGCUUGGUGUAUGGAGUGUUGGUGGACUGGAGGUCUCGACAGGUAAAGUGUCCUUUGUUGAAGCAAUGAAUGGCUCCACAGUCCUGUUGCCCUGCACCUACUCCUCCUGCAUUGGAAUCAAAAACCUCUACUUCAACUGGCACUACAACAACAACGGAACCAUGGAAAAGUUAUGCGAAGCUGUUAUACACAUUGAGGGUGUGGAGCCAAAGGUCAGUGUCUACCAUGAGCGCGUGGAGUUUGUCGGCUCCUCAAAGAGCAACAACAUCUCCAUACUGCUUUACAACAUCACCUUUGAAGAUGCGGGAGACUACAUCUGUUUCGCCAAAAACCCAAAAGAGAAGAAUCGUAACCACAGUGCUAUCUUCACUCUUAUAGUGGUGGACCAAGUGACGGAGAUCGACAACACUUUGACAACCAUCAUUGUCUCAGUUGUGGGCGGAGUCAUUGGUUUGGUUAUCUUUGUCAUGGUGGUGAAAGCCCUGGUUGUUCACUUUCUGCUGAAGGAUGACGAAAAGAAUAAAGAGUGCCUGGUGAGCUCCUCAGGGAAUGACAACACCGAAAAUGGACCUACAGGAGCCAAAGCAGACAACAAAGGGACACCAAAGGCAUGAGCAGAAUGCAAAAGUAUGUCUGUACAUAUGUUAGAACAACUACACGCUCAGAGAAGAUGCUGUUAUCAGUGGACUGUUAUAUCUUACUAAUGGCUAACUAAUACAUUGUAAAAGUCUAUUUUAAAUCAUGCUUGAGAUUUGAGAGGUGUGAAAUGUGCACAGGCCUGGAUCACCCUCACCUACAUGGCAGCCCAUUUGUUACACAGUGCAACGCCUCUGAUAUCAAAUUCUACUCUUCAUGCUACUGUAACCAAACACUUCACACAGAGUCUUGGGUAAACUGUCCCGGUGUGUAUAUUUGUGCUUUCCAUAUACCCUCUUUGACAUUCAGAGGGUAUAUGGAUCAUUCAGGUUACAACUUUUUUCUUUCUAAUUUUGAAGCCUUUAGUGUCAUGUGCUCUGACUAAUAGUCACUUUUCCACAGUUUUCGAGAAAGGACUUUGUACUGAGCAGAUCUCUAGUUGUUUUCAGUUCUUUAUUUAUACGUCAAAUUUGUUCUAAUCAGCUGUCAUACUGAAAAAUAGUGUCAGAAGACUAUAGCUAAAAAGCUGUAUGAUGCUUGGUUUGAAAUCAUAAAGCUAUGUUUUAAUCUACAAGUCUACGUCAAACUUGGACCCGAGCAAACCUGACCUAGGGAACACACACACUUUGAUGCCAUAACUAACUGCCAUGAUGUCAGCUGAAGAACAGCAAGCUUCUGUCCCACCCUACCAAAUCAACCUUUUUUUUUCCCCAACAUAGAUUAAAGCCAUCAUCUCUCAGUAAAUUUGUUCAGAUUACAACCAGGAAAUCCAUUAGUUGAUAUAUCUAAAGCUAUAGUUACAUUUGUUUUUCCUGUUCUAACCACCAACUUGAUUGCUACCAUGGUCCAGGUUUGGCGUACUGCAGGGAUUAUUUGGUUCAUUAAGGCUGACAGCAGAAGUUGACUCACUUUUGGUUUGCUGAGGCUGACAACUGGGCGUUAUCUAAGGUGUCUCAGGUGAUCCAGUUCUGCACAGGUUUUUUUUAUGAUUUUGCUUUAGAUGAAACACAGGUGCCUGUUUUGCUUCUGCUCCCUCUGCUGGUGGGAGGAUGAAACCACAGAAAAUGUAUAAAAACCCAAACCCCCUCAUCAAAGACAAUCCCCUGACUACCCAGCUCCCUAUAGAAAGGAAUGAACUUAAUCAUGCUGCUUCUGACAAAUAACCAAUGCAUUUUUAGCAUGUGCGCAUUUUAUAUAUAACUUCAUAUAAGUACAGUAUACUUUACAGUUUAUAGAGUAUUGUCUAGCACCACAGCACCAAAACAUGUCUUUGCGCCGCCGUAUGGUCCCAAUCAACACUUCACAUCAACCUCUCAACAAUGUCACAUCUUUCAUUACCCCCCUUUAACCAGGUCAAGGUCACUGCAAGGUGACUCUUGCUUGCAAAAAUGGUAAACAAAACUUAACAGGAUUUGAAUCCACAUAUUUCUGCAUUAGUUCACAUAAUCUAUAUGGCUUAAUUCCAUAUUAACAGUCAAGAAAAGACAAACCCAUGGCUCAGUAAUACUGGAAGCCCACUAUUGGGAGGGAUCGCUGAAAACGAAUGUAAGAGACUCAGUCAGGGAAUAGUUCCCAAAAACUAUUUUUGAUUAAGAUAAUUUAUUAAACAUUAAUGUUACUAUCAAAUGAAUGUGUUCAUAGCUCAAUAGGCAAGUGGUUCAUUUUAUUUGCCAUUUGUCUUAUGUGUUUGCUCGGUUCAAAGGUCAAUUUGCCAAAAAAAAAUUCUGCUGUGACAGGAUCUGAAUAUUCUGAGUAUUGAAGGUAACGGGUCAAAGUUUGUGUUUGGUGUCUAGGUAGUGUCUUAGCAUUAGAGAUGUUGUACAGAUUAACAAGUGAGGGAGCUCGGAGAGUAAUUAACACAUUUUUAUUGUAAAAAGUGCUCAGAUUUCACAGCUUUUUUUUUAUUUUUUAAAGAAAAAAAAAGAAAAGAAAAGUCAUCCAAAAUCUAAUUCAAUCACUUCAAAAUGGAAGGACGUAGUGCUAACAUGUCUAUUGGCAUCCAGGGCCAGGACUGUAUGUGGCUUUCAGUAUAAGAGUGAAGCUACUGGACAUGAGCUGCCACACCUUCACGCAUAGCUUAAAUAGCUACGACAGCUGAAAGCUCCACAUACAGACGCACAAGUGUACUCACAUAAUAAGAGCCUGUUUGAUACGAAAAGUGUAGUAGUACACUGAUCUUGGAUACAAGCAAUGCAGCACUUUACCACAGUUUAGAGUCAGGAACAAAACAGGAAAUCAUGUCAGGUAUUUUAAUUCGUCCAUUUUUUAUGGUACACAAUUCCAGAGUUCAUAUAAAACAUAAUUUUGUGUUUUUUUUUUCAAGUCUGACUGAGAACCUAAGAGGAGAAUUAUGUCCAAAUGGCUUUAGCAUUGUCUAAUGAUGUCUCACUGGAACAGAGCUCUAUAGAAAGAUGUAAUCUUAUUUUUCUAAGUGUUUCACUUUGUGUCAGCCUGCUGCUCUCUCUCAUACUGGAGUGCAUUUCCCUUCUUGCUUUCAAUGGAAGCAAUAAGACGGACAUCAGAUUAUGCAAUAACCUGUUAUAAGGCACUUUAUAGAUGUGUCUGGACUGGCUGUGAUGGCAACUGUGUUUGUCCAAGACACCAUUCAUUGUACUGAUGUAUGUAUCUACAAUGUACUAAUGUGUAAACAUUAGAUUCAUAUAUCUGCAUUUAUCUGCCUUGGGAAAAAACAAAAACCUGUAAUAGAUGCUAACAUUGCGACUGACUGUGCAGUGUUAGAAGUGAUACAGUGUACUUGCUGUGUCGAACAAAUGUGAAUGUUAUGGAUAUAAGGAAGCACUUCACAAACAAACACACAUAUACACACACAAACAUGCACACACACGAUCGCUUCCUUGUCUAGACAGUAAUGUAUAGAUCCCUCUGCAAAGAGGAUACAUUAUGUAUAUCCAAAGUCUUCCUGUAGGGAAAAGCAAUAUUGUGAAGUGGAUCUGUCUCUUGUUGUAACCCUGACAUUGCAUAACAAAUCCUGUAGAUGGUUUCAUGUAGAGAUAGUAAUGCAUUACUUCAACAUUUGUGGCUAAUUUUGCAUAGUUGUUUUUCAUUUUCAUUGUGAUCCCUAGGUGUUUUUUUGUAAUGUUUCCUGGUUAUAUUGCCCAUCAACACUGCAUCCCUUUUUAAGAGAUUCCUUAUUUUCUCUAUCUUGUUUUUCUGUUAUGAAGUUAUUUCCCUGAAGUGAAACUACUAGCAAAAAUCAAAUACAAAAAAAAAGAAAAGAAAUCCAGUGAACCAGACACAGGUAUGUGAGGAGAGUGUUUGAGUGACCACCCCAUAGAUCUGUGCUGGAUUAUGAAUUGCCAAAAGCAUUCGCCCUUUUACCAGUUUAAAGGUUCUUUUUUUCUGUUCUUUUUUUUAACAUAUGGCCCUUUCUACAUUGUGAACUGCCUGGACUUUCUGGAAAAAAAAAACCCAAACAGCUUUAUAAAAUCUUACAUGAAUUGAGGUCAGCAGCUUGCUUGCAGUAUUUGCUGCAGUACUGACUAAAGGCCCGUACAGUGUGGGCCCCUUUAGCCUUUGAGCAGAACAGCAAAGUCAACACAGUACCACUGCCACCUAGUGGUUAAUGCCAUCACAUACAAUCAUCUGCUCUCUACAGUAGUGUCCGCUGAUGAGACACACAAUAUCAAAAUGCACUCAAUCAAUGUAUUUUAAACGAGAUAGUAGUAGUGUAGGCUUAAAGCAGUGAUUUUAGUUUGGAACUGAGAAUGAAAAUAUGAAUACAACUCCAUGGCUAAACACAUUAUAUGCUGAUAAACAAGAGUUGACAUUGUUGCUACACUAAUUGCUUCUAGUUGAAUUGGAUCAUUUGAACCCCUGUGCACACUGAGUAAUUUAAAUUCAAGCAUAAAGGGGGUGAUUUGUGUGUGUAAGUUUACAAUAAAAUGUUUAAGGAAAAGGAUACAUGCGUAAAGGAUACUCGCACAAAUCCUCUAUCAAUUUUUCUCUUACAGUGAGCAUUGAAUAGUCCCAGUCUGAGUGCUAUACCGUCGAACACUGACUGACCACUAUUAUGAUUCCUUUAGAGUUAGUAUUGCUCUUACUGCCAGAGCAGCUGAAACUCAUACUGCCAAUCCAAGAGUCUCACGUCUGCUGUUGUUAACUACACUCUAAUAAUGACAAAAACAAAAGAAAACUCUCUUAGUACACUGACAUUUACAAAAAAAAACACAUUUGUUUCACUCUACUGCUGAUUUAAAUGUGUCUCAGUACUAAAUUGUGGAGGAUAUUGCUCUGUACUUAAAUAAAAAAAACCUGUAUUUCUAGCAGCUGAAACUCACACUGCCAAGCCAAGAGUCUGACGUCUGCUUUCGACAUUCCACACAGACCAGAAGAUCAAUCUGUUGAUCUCGUGUUGGUGUAGUUCAGCACAAAUGUUAACUUUACUAGAAACCGGAUCAAGGAGGAUGAUUAAUAAAAGCUAUAUGUGUUCCCAUUUUGGUGGUUCAGAGAGCAAAAUGUGAUGCAUAUUGUGCAUCAAUAUGUGAUCACAAAUCUAGCAAACUGCCUCCUCCUAUAACUCUUUGAAGGGAGAUAACCGCAAAGACCAAGGCCAGCAGGUUAAGAGAUUUAUUGCAGUACAAGAACAGACUGACACCAACCUCUCCACAUUCUCUCACUGCGGUUCUGCGUUUUGAAAUACCGGGACAAUGUUUUUUAUUGUAACUGUAACAUGGCUGUAGAUGUAAUUCCUAUCUUAAUCAAAAUAACAAAUUCACUCAUCACUUUUACGCUAUCCAAUGCUACAGACAUUAUACACACCACUGCAUUUUAUAAUAAGCUGAAAUCUCGCAUCAAACUCUUACAACAGAGUGCGAUCAACUCAACCACACACCCCUGAUGUCAUAACACAGGAGUCCUGAAUCGACUUGUCUUCUUAAUGUUCAGCUGUUUGUAUGUGUUUGUGAACAUGUUGCUCAUGCUUCCUUCAUAACUAUGCACCUCAAACUUUUGACUUGUUUUAAAAAAAAAAAAAACACACCUGAAAUAAAAUGUUGAUUGAAACACUCA